GUAGGUACGGUUCAUCGACAGAAUCAGGACCGUUAGUUCGCCAGUUGAAGUUAGAAAAUUAACACGACGAGAGGCCGUGACGGACCGGCGAGAGAGCUGCCGGAGCAGACAGUAAGGUUUGAAAUGUACAAAUAUAAAAUGGACCCUUUGUUACCUGAGAUGAACCUCUACGGUAAUUACUCAUAUCUGGAUUCGGGAUUUAACGAUCCCUCUUUCAUCGAAUCCCUUUCGCUUUCUCACACUUCGUCAAUCGUCAACGAUGAUUUGCUACCGGAGAUGAUUUCUUCAUCGGCUGACAAAGCUAGCAAAGGUCGAAAGAGUCCACCAAAGCACCGGCACGACGGGACCUCGCCGCUUCCUUUAGGGAUGGAUUGGAGUCCUUCCCCUCGCGUAUGGGAUGGACAUGAUACCAUUUGGCCACAUGAUUCUCAUACAGGAUGGAUUUACUGUGCCACUAUUCCUUCUUGGACUAUCUCUUUACGCCCCAGAGGUUCAGCUACUGUAGUGUUUUAUAGGGUUCAAAUUGGUUUACGAUCACCUGAUGGGUUCACAACCACGCGAGAGAUACUACGAAGAUUUAGUGAUUUCUUAAAGCUAUCUUCAAAGCUGAAGAAAGAAUUUCCAAAGAAAAAGUUGCCCCCUGCUCCUUCAAAGGAACUUCUGAGAAUGCAAAGCCAUGAACUUUUGGAAGAACGUAGGUGUUUAUUGGAGGAUUGGAUGAUGAAAGUAUUGUCUGACAUCGAGUUAUCAAGAAGUGCCUCCAUAGGGAUCUUUCUUGAACUUGAAGCAGCUGCAAGGUCAUCAUUCUAUGAAUUGAAUCAGAACGUUGCAGAUGUGCAUUCAUCCAUCAGUGUAGCUCCAUCUAUUCAAUUCUUAAAUAGUUCAGAUGUUUCUUUACUUGCUGGUUCAUCAUCAAUUGCUUCUGAUUGCGGCAAUGAUUCUGCUUAUGGAACCCCUGAGCUGGGAUCUCCAAUGGAGGGCAUGAGCCAGUUCCAUGAACGUGACAAUGCAGCAAUUUACCAGGGCUUCACCCAUUCAGAGGAAGUAAUUUCUGAGGAUGCCGGGAUGAAACAUCGUGACAGCAAGCCAAUGAAGGAUUCUGAACAAGGGAACCAGGAAAAUCAUUUGAAAAUGCCCUCCACAGGAAGUGAGAUUGAUGUUUCCACCAAGAGAGUCACAGAAAGUGUUCAUGUCAAAUGGACUCUUGAACCUGAUAUUUCUACUGAAUUAAUCUCGGACAUUUCAAAUUUGUUGAAGCUUGAACCAUUGAGGAACACCUCACAAGACCAUGCUGAAGGUGCUGAUUUACAAGUUGUUAUUCAAUUGGAUGGACAAAACAAAUUGAAUAGAAUUCUCAGUACUAUGCAACUGAGGCUGGCCACAGCAAAAACUGACAUUGAGGAUCUCCUGUCGAGAUUAAAUCAAGAGCUUACUGUGAAACAGUACCUUGCCACAAAGGUCAAAGAUUUGGAAAUUGAGCUUGAUUCCCUAAAACAGAGUGGCCAAGAGAACCUGCAGCAAGCAGUUCUAACUGAGAAGGAAAAAUUUACUGAAAUGCAAUGGGAUAUGGAGGAACUUAGAAGAAAGUGUGUGGAGAUGGAAUUGAAGCUGGCGGCUGAACAGGCUGACAAGAUUCGGAUGGAAUCAACUCAAAGAAUCAUAGUACAAGAGAAUGAAAGACUGUACCAAGAAUUGGAUGCUGCUCAACAGCAGAACAAUAGCUUGCAGAAACUCCAUUUGGAGUUGGAGUCGAAGUCCAACACAGAUGUCAAACUUUUAGUCAAGGAGGUUAAAUCUUUACGAAGUUCCCACUCAGAACUCAAGCAGGAGCUCAGCAACUUGGCUAAAUAGAAGGCAGAAGUUGAAAUGAUUUUACGGGAGGAAAGGCAAACUAGGGAACAUGCUACCGCUGCAAAUAUUAAGCUGCUGCAUGAGUAUGAAAUUCUUCGCAGUAGACUGGAGGAAUGCAGUGUCAGUUUUCUCAUCGAGGAAGAAAAUAAACUGGUUCUGAAUGCUUCUAUCCCUUCGGAUGCCAUUGAUAUGCUGUCAACAUCUGAUGAUCGAAUAGGUCUACUUCUUGCAGAGGCCCAGAUCCUAGCACAAGAUGUUGAAACUACUGUUGCUGGUGGAAAUCUUGAUGGAGAAUAUUCAUGCACAACAGUGGAUGAAUUGAGGAAACAACUAGCUGAUGUGUAUGUUGACAAUGCCAAAUUGAGGAAACAGAUGAAUUCUGUCAUUCGUUAUGCACUACAAACAGCUAGUAGGUCAAAGGACAAUGAGGAAGAGAACCCUUCUACAAAGACAGCUCUUACGAAGUCUUUAGAUGGAUGAUUUAUAAAACACAAAACGCGUAUUUAUAAUAACACGGGGAAGCUUGUAUAGUAUUUCCUCCUUACUCUUAUUACUCUCAGAUGGCCUUGUAGUUUAUGUACGUGUCUUAUUUCAUCUCCAUUAUGUAAUAGUAGUGACAAAUUGGAAAAUUGUCAUUGAAGAUUAAGUUUGAAAUAAAGCUUUCCAUUGUACUGCUAUA